AUGUUACGCUUAAUCGUCAUUGACAAACAGUUGCGUAUGCUACGCCCACAUGAAAACUACACAUCGUUCUCUUACUAUCAGUUGUUGUGUAUGGUGGCAAAAUCUGUUGUAAAUAAACUUUGUGGUCUACAUCACGGUGACUUUAUAUCCGUUUGUGAUACACAUUCGUCUUCUUCCAAAGGAAUACUUGGAACACUUUCACUUGAUGCAUUCACUUUGUGCAAUGAGAUUGAUGAAAGUCAGCGAGCCAAUAAAGUGUUGUUUCCCAGUGAAUCGACAGCCACAUCUAUUAUCAGGAUUUUAAAAGAAGUCUAUAUUUAUUAUGGACCAUGGUCAAAUAUUCAGGUUUUGGUGUUUACGGACGGAGGAUCAUCAUCGUAUUUCACACUUUCAUCUAUUAGCUGGCCAGAAGAGUUCCCUGAAAGUGUAUUUGGUAGUGUGUCGAUUCUCUUCAUUAGUUUAAAUGAUAGUCAGCUUUCUAGUGAUUUGAUCGAGUUGUACAAUCGCUUUCAAUUGAAAUCAACAAUUCUAGAAGCCAAUAAAUGUAUUAUAAGUCCUAAAGCAUAUACUGUUGAAUCAUAUGUAGAUAGUUUGGCUGAACGUGUUAUUCAACUGUCUUCAAUACAUCAAAUUACUCAAAAUGCAGUCAUUAAUUGUGGACGUCUUCAAAGUACAGUUACAUUGAUAUCAUCUCCAGGAGUUCAUUCUUCUACUGGAUUUAACGGCAUAAUUGUCGAUUCGUUGUAUGUGGAGAUUUUUGGUUUUCUCAACCUCAGUGAUUUGAAUAAUGCCCCUGUGAAUGGACGAUUCACUGUGACUAGUAAUAGUGGAACAGACCCAGUUGAACCAGCUUUCCUUUGUUUACUUUUGGGUGCCUUACAAAGUACUAAGACCGCUGCAAUGUGUAAUAUCUAUAUGAUAACAACACAUCAAACAGCAGACUCCCUUAAUUCAAGCACUAUUCAGGAACCAGAUUCACAUUCAACUUCAACAUCUGAACAUCGUUAUCAUCCUCAUCACAACAAAAACAACAAUCAUCAUAAACAGCAGCAACAACAGAAACGACAACCGUUACAAAAUGCUAAAAAUGCAAAGAAUCGUCUUCUUUGGACUCAUGGUUACCUUCAUCAUAUUGACUUGAAACAAUCAAUUCUAGUGUUAUCAGUGUUUGAACGAGAUUACACCGGUUUACCUUGGCUUGGUCAGUUCAGUCAUCUAGCACCAGUAACAGAUUUUGCUGGUUCACAACUGUAUGAUGAUAAAAAUCAAACUUCACCAUUCCCCGUUCGAACACCGGAUCACUUGAGUUAUAAAACCGACUGUUCGCGAUAUGUUUCCUGGGCAUCACCGUCUGCGAUACUUAUGGAUAUUAAUAAAGUUCUAAGACUAAGUCGACGUCUUCCUGAAAAGUCUGCAUUACUCUAUAAAGAAUUAAAUAGAAUUCGAUCUACAGCAAUUGUUUACGGCUGUCCAGAGUUGUUAGUACAAAUCCACUCAAUGAUUGUGUUUAUUCAUUCGAAUACUCAUGACGGGAAUAGUAUUAAUAACGUUGGCAGUACUACUACCAGUAGUAGUAGUAAUGAUCAGGCAAAUCCAUUACAAGCUUGUUUAAUUCAUAUCACCAAUCUCCUCCUACAACACGGCACAUACGACCAUGAUGACGAUGUCAAGGCUUCUUCUGAAAAGACUAGUAAAUAG